GGAGGAGGCAGCCCCUGGCAGGGACCUCGGCCGCUCCACCCGGCGGUCCCCUGCCUGCGCCGCCGCGGAGAGCCCCGCGCUGACAUGCCCCGAGGGGGCGGUGGCUGCGAGCCGAGCCUGGGUGGAAGCGCGUCGCAGCGGACGCGGGCGCCCCUCACCACCUCCGUGACCCUUCGGGAGCCGGGACCCGAGCCCCGGAGGCGGUGGCGCGGGCCAGCGAGGGCGGCGAGGUCCGUGCUCUUAGCGUCCAGAGGGGCCGCCGGCUGCGGACUUGUCGCUUCUCGCCUCCCACCCCCAGCCCCCCGCGAGCUGGCAGGAGGAAAUAGCGCGCGGCCCCUUUAAAUUUACCCAGGAGCCCUUAAAGGAGCCCCAGGGGCCCCAGACAGGAAUCCCCACCCCGGUCCAGCCCGCGCCGCCGAGCGAGCAGCCAGCCGUCCGUGCGGCCGGCCGCCCUGUGCAUGCGCCCAGCGCCCCGGGGCCUCGCGCACCGAGCGCCCCGCGCGGGCCGCCUUCGGCCCCGCGGCCCCGCGCCCCGCCGCCCCGGGGCCCCGCUCCGCAGCGCAGCGCAUGGAGCCCGGCGGGGACCACCGGAGCCGGAGCGGCGGCGGCAGGGGCGGCCCCGGGCCAGCAGUGGCCUCGGCACGGGGCCGACGGCUGCCGCCCGCCGGAUCGAGCGGCGGCGCGGAGCCCGAGGAGGACGACGGCGGGCAAGAUCUUCAGCUGGAAGGGGGUGCCUUGGGGUCCUGGGGGAGUACUCCCCUGCCCUCCUCCAGGGCCAGGGGACCAGCAUCUUCAGGCAGGAAAUACUCAGACCAUUGUGAGGCCAGGGCCUCAAGGCCUGGAAAGAGCCGCAUCCCUGGCCGUGACCACCGGCGCUACUACCACGACCACUGGCGGCUGGAGUACCUGAUGGACUUCAACCCUGCUCGGCAUGGCAUGGUGUGCAUGGUGUGCGGCAGCUCCCUGGCCACCCUCAAGCUCAGCACCAUCAAGAGGCACAUCCGCCAGAAGCACCCCUACUCCCUGCAUUGGAGUCCCCGCGAGAAGGAAGUCAUCAGCAACAGCUGGGAUGCCCACCUGGGGCUGGGGGCCUGUGGUGAGGCUGAAGGCCUGGGGGCCCAGGGAGCUGAGGAAGAGGAGGAGGAGGAAGAGGAAGAGGAAGAAGAGGGGGCCAGCCUCCAGGCUUGCCCACCCAAGGGCUCAGGCAAAGCCUCAGCUGGUGGGGGCUGCCGGCGCCAGCGGCCAGGGGUGCGAGGGGGCCCAGUGGCAUCCCGUGGCCAGUGCCUCUCAGCCUCCAGAAGGGCUGGGGGCAGCAGGGGACUGGGGUCCCAGCGCCUGGAGAGAAGGCUGAAGGAGUCCCUGCAGAGCUGGUUCCGGGCUGAGUGUCUCAUGGACUAUGACCCGCGGGGGAACCGGCUGGUGUGCCUGGCCUGUGGCCGGGCAUUGCCCAGCCUGCACCUGGACGACAUCCGUGCCCACGUGCUGGAGGCGCACCCCAGCUCUCUGGGGCUCAGCGGCCCCCAGCGCAGUGCCCUGCUGCAGGCUUGGGGUGACCAGCCUGGGGUGCUCUCUGAGCUCAUCCAGUCCUCACCAGACGAUGACCUCGUUCCCCAGGACCUGACCAGAAAGAGCCGGGACUCGGCCCCUGCAGCUGGAGCCCCCUCCUCUCAGGAUCUCAGGCCCCCAGACGUAAAGGAAGAGGCUGGCUGGGUCCCUGAGAGGCCCAGGCCCGCAGAGGAGGAGGAGGAGGAGCUGGAGGAGGGCAAGGGCGAGGGCGAGGCCGAGAGGGAGGGGGUCCCGGGGCAGUCGCCGCAGGGCGGCGACCACCGCCGCCACUUCCAGGAGCGCUGGCGACUGGAGUACCUCAUGGAGCUGGACGGCGGCCGGCGUGGCCUGGUGUGCAUGGUGUGCGGGGGCGCGCUGGCCUCGCUCAAGAUGAGCACCAUCAAGCGGCACAUCCGCCAGCGCCACUCGGGCCUCACGCGCCGCACCGGGCCUGUUAAGGCCCUCAUCGCCCCGGAGUGGAGCGAGAAGGCCGCCCACCUUCUGGCCCUGGGGCUGCCCUGCCCGGAGUCGCCCCCCGGCGCCGCCGGCCCCAGCACAGCCGCAGCCCAGGAAGGGGGAAGGGCGGAGGAGGCGGAGCCAGAGGAGGCGUGGUGGGGCGAAGUCCCACUCUCCCCUGGGGCUCCGUUGGAGCGGCCCGCCGAGGAAGAGGAGGACGAAGAGGACGGGCAGGAGCCCGGGGGACUGGCCUUCCCGCCGCUGCCGCUGCCGCCGCCGCCCCCUCCCCCUCCCCCGCCGCCCCGCAGCCGGGAGCAGCGGCGGAACUACCAGCCGCGCUGGCGGGGCGAGUACCUGAUGGAUUACGACGGCAGCCGGCGCGGCCUGGUGUGCAUGGUGUGCGGGGGCGCGCUGGCCACGCUCAAGGUGAGCACCAUCAAGCGGCACAUCCUGCAGGUGCACCCCUUCUCCAUGGACUUCACGCCCGAGGAGCGCCAGACCAUCCUGGAGGCCUACGAGGAGGCGGCGCUGCGCUGCUACGGCCACGAGGGCUUCGGGCCACCUGCCCCGGCGCCGCGCGACGGCGGCGCGGACCUCAAGCCCGGCGCCGUGUGCCGGGCGUAGCGGACUCGCUCGGCCGGGCUGGGAGACCCUUGUCCCUGGUGCUAGAGCUUCCCACGCCCCCGACUGCUGCCGUGCCCCCUGCUGGCCGGGCCGGGCGGAGAUUGGGUGGCGCCGCCGCUGCGGUUCGUUGCCACUUCGGUGUCUGAGCUAGUCGGGCGCUGGGGGAAGCGCACCCGGGCCCGGAGCCCCGGCCCUCUGCGCAGCGCUCCGCUUUCCAUGAAGCCAAAGCGGCCUCCGAAGUGUUAGCACCGAGCGCCGCCAGCCCGGCCCGCGGCGGGGAGCACUUCGCGAGGUGCUCCUUUGCCAGGCUGGGAUGGGGGCGCCGUCAGUCAGUAUUAGGACCGAGGGAGGGGCCCGGGAGGGCAGGAGGGACGCGCCGGCCCCUUGCCCUGGCCGGGGGCCCAGUUCUCUGCGGCCUCGCACGCCAGCAGGCGCAGCUCCCGCCUCGGGGACUGCUGGCUGCCUCGUCCUAAUUGGUAUUCUUGGCCUCUCGGAGGCCCUGGCCGCGGACGGGGGCCUUAGGCGGGAGGCGGGCCCGGGGCUUGGGAGCCUCCGGGGCGGGGAGGGCGCGUUGGACCGUGGACGGGCGGGGCGAUGCCCCUAAGCCUGGGCUCGGCCAGCUGUGCCAGCUUCGGGGACAGGCUCAGAGGGACCAUGCGCCUGGUGGCCCCGCCCUCGGCCACGCCCUCCCGCCCGGACCGGGAUCGUGUAAAGGGAUUAGCACUUUUUUUCCUUUGCUCCUCUCCUGCCCUGAGGGCCUCCGUUUACCCCUAGGCUGAAUCUGGCGCUCUUGGUCCAGCGCCAGGUCCGUUGGAGCCCGGGGCACUGGCGGUCCCGGCAGUUGGCCUAUAUUCCCGUCCUCUCCCUUUGCCCCUUUGUCCUCAGCGGACUCGCCACCGGUUCUUAGCUCCCAGGGCCUGGGGCCGGGCGUCGGCCUCUCUUCCGGCGGCAGCGCCAGGCCCUGUGGGGUAGGGAAGGGGCCCCGCGAUCUCCCAGGCAGGUCCGAGAGGGGUGUGUAGACUCAUUCUCCCGUGGAGAACAGGUGGCCCUGAGAUCAGGCCCUUUUUUGCUCUUUGUAUUUUAUUUUGGAACUGUAUUUAAUGCUUUUAUAUGAAAGGGGCGGGGCGGGGACAGAGCUGACCCAAUCACCCUUAUGUGCAAACGUCUUAUUUAUUACGCGUGUAUCAGAGAUAAGCUGUGAGGUGGUGGGGAAGGACCUGAAGGAAGAUGGAGCGAGGACAGAGGCGGGGAUGGAGGGCUAAACAUCCCACACAUGCCUGUGGCCUCUCGUCUCAGCCCCAGGUUUUUUUUCACAAAGGGAAGCCCCUGCAGGGACGGUGCCCUCGCCUGGCUUAAAGUCAGGGUGGAGAAGCCCAGGGGUGGAGCUUGAGGGUUGGGUCUGAGGGAGUGUGGCCCUAGGGGGCCAGGGCGGGUUGUCGUUGGAGAAAGCAGAAGACAAAGAGAAGUCCUUUCUCCUUACCCGCCCUAGGCCGGAACCUAAGGUUCAAGUGCCUCAGGCCAAGUUCCUUGACUCUUUCUAAUUGGGAGUUGGAUUUUUUUUU